AUGAAGAUCCUUUUAAUUCUCAGUGCUCUGCUCGCAGUUGCAAGUCCUUACACCUAUCAGAAAUGCGAACUUGCUCGUGUUUUACAAAGCAAUGGAUUGGAUGGGUACCAGGGUUACAGUCUGGCAAACUGGGUGUGUUUGGUUCAAUAUGAAAGCACUUAUAAUACACAAGCAAUUGGACACAAUAGGAAACGUGGAAAGAUUGUAUCAUCAGACUACGGGCUCUUUCAGAUCAACAGCUACUGGUGGUGUGAUGAUGGUCAGACCCCAAACACACAUAACGGGUGUCGCAAGAAUUGUGCUGAUUUUCUCAAUAAUGACAUCAACGAUGACAUUGUGUGUGCAAGAAGGGUAGUAAGAGAUCGCCAAGGAAUGAAUGCCUGGUAUGGCUGGAAGAAUAACUGCAAGGGCCAAGAUCUUAGCCAUUUUCUGGAUGGCUGUAACAUAUAACAGGCGAAAGAGCUGAUUUUUGGUCCACUUGCCGUAACCAAGUCUAAAACCUGCCGCAUUUAUCUUGACAUUGUUAAAAGUCCAACAAAGGUGUGAUCGGAUCAGUCGUAUUUUCUGCAGAUGUUAAAUACAUAAAAUUAUGUAAUCAUUUUCUGUGCAUUUGAUGAGUCUAAUGAUUGGGGUCCAUUUGAGGGCCCUCCUGAUUGGCCACCUUCACUUUUUCUUUGGCAGAAGCCACAGAUUAAGUUUGUGAACAGGACAUCUGCCAAUUGUGCCAAAGCACGGGGAAAUGGU